AGUGAGCUUCACUGGAGGCUCCGCAGAGAGCGACGGGCGGCGGGGCCGGAGCGGGACGGCGCAGCGCGUGAAAACACCCAGGAACAAAAAAAUGAAUGAGUGAAGGACACGGACAUGAGCCGACCCGCGACCAAGUAUUACCGGCCAAGGCGUCUGUGAGCGGAGAAGCCCGACAAAGAGGGGGGCGCACAGGAAAGUCACAAGACUGAGUUUAGAGGAGCACGCCUGAAUCCCCAGCCAUGGCUGACGUGCUGGAGAGCAGCGGCGGCGGCGUGGUCGGAGCAGCCAGCGUGGACUGGCAGAAGCGCUGCAUCGCUCUUGAGUUGCAGCUGCUGAGGUUCCGGCUACAGGCGGGGAAAAUCCGAGAGCUGCUGGCUGAAAAGAUGCAGGAGCUGGAGCAGAGAGUUAUGGAGGCUGACCAGAGGGCUGAGAAUGCUGAGAAACAGAUCCAUGUCAUGGAAGAAAAGCUGAAGUCUGCAAACAUACAGACCAGUGAAUCCGAGAGCUCGUUGUGCAGAAAGUAUCAAGACCUGACCGAUCAGGUUGAAGAAAAAGAUGCCAAAAUAAAGAGAUUAGAGAUGCAGCUGGAAAAACAGGUCUCGGUCAGAGCACAAGAGGCAAAAAUCAUUGAGGAGAAGGCUGCCAAAAUUAAAGACUGGGUCACUUUUAAGCUGAAAGAGAUGGAAGUGGAGAACCAGCAGCUGAAAACGGCCAACCUGAAACAGACAGAACAGAUCGUGUUUCUUCAAGACAAACUGCAGUCUCUCUUAGAGAAAUCAGCAUCCUGCGGCUCUCCUGCCACUUCCCCUGUGCUGGACGCCCACCUGGUGCCCUGCAGCCCGCUGUUUCCUCCCAGCUCUCCCGGCACGCCACCCGCCCAAGAUGACAGCUGGAGACACACGGGUCACCGUGGGGCCGCUUCAAAUGUCAAGAUCCUGCAGCCAGAUGUGAAAAGGACUCCUGAGCUGGGCAGAAAAGGAGUCUGCCUGGCAAACCUUGCAGUCCAUGAUGCUUAUAGUAGGAUCAGGGAGGGUCCCAGCAGCCCCACCGGCGGACCUGAUUUCCCAAUGGGCCCUGAGGCAGAGUGUUCUGACAGAGACAACUCGUCUGAUGAGCUCAACAGCAAGUUUCGCUCUCAGUGCCUUCACUCAUCCUCGUCAUCUUCUUCUUCCUCCUCUGCUUACGAGAUAGCACAUGGGAAAAGAUCUCCAGAGUCCACCAUCAGAAGAACACCGAAAAGCCCACUCCUCUCCCGCUCCCCUUCCACCAACAACCCCUUUCCCAAUCCUUCCAGGCCUCUCGUUCACCACUCGGGUACCAGCAUGACGUUACCUAAAGUGCGGACUCCGCUCACACCAAGGGACAGCAUCCACCUGGUCAAGAAACAUUACAGCCAGCCGCAGCCCAGCAUGGACAGACUCCACCACCUCAACGUUAACAUAGACAUCAUGACACCGUCCUCCGCUUCCUCCACUCUGAAGAGCACAGGCACUACCAUCUCUCAGCUUGUAGAAGAGACGGACAUUGAUGCUGGGCCCCCAGAUAACAUGGACGGAGUGGUGGAGGGUCCACAUUCAGAUGAGCUAUCCGGGGAUGGGGUUUCCUUUGUGGGGCUUGCAGAGGAACUGGAGCAGUUAGAUUCAGAGGUUCUCAAGCCUCCAACUCCUCCUCUGCAUCGAUUCCCCUCAUGGGAGAGUCGGAUUUAUGCUGUGGCUAAGUCAGGAAUGCGGGUAUCAGAGGCCAGCACUGGAGCUAAGGGUCCUGGACGAGGCUCAAACCUACCCCAGUAUCCUGCAACAGGCCCAUUCACUCAGUUGAUCUAUAAAAAUAUCAAUGUCCCAGUCUAUACCCAACUGAAAGGGAAAGCCACUCAAAUCAGCAGCGUGCCUCUGCCGGAGGAUGACUCCGGCUCGGAGGACGACAGCAGCUCUCUGGCCAGUUUACGGACCUCCACUCUGAGCCCGGACAGGAAAGGUAGCGUUCCAGGCAGCCCACGAGCUGUCAAGAGAGGUGUUUCCAUGUCCUCCAUCAGCUCGGAAAGCGACUAUGCUAUUCCUCCUGACGCAUACUCCCUGGACAGCGACUAUUCUGAACCAGAACACAAAGUCCAGCGCACCUCCUCCUACUCCUGUGAGAGCUCUGGGCCUGAGACGCUGGAGAAAUCUGGCUACCUGCUAAAGAUGGGGAGUCAGGUGAAAGCCUGGAAACGCCGCUGGUUCAUCCUGAGGAAUAGAGAGAUCCUCUACUACAAAUCUCCUAGCGACGUGAUCAGGAAACCACAGGGUCAGAUCGAGCUGAACUCAUCCUGCUGUAUAGUACGUGGAGAGGGGGCACAGACGUUUCAACUAAUAACAGAGAAGAAGACUUUUUAUCUGACCGCUGACUCGCCCAACAUCUUGGAGGAGUGGAUCAGAGUUCUGCAGAACAUACUGAAAGUCCAAGCCAGCAGCCCGGUCCCUGUGGAGACGAGGUCAAAGCCCUCAGUGAGAGGCUGGCUUACAAAGGUCAAACAUGGCCACUCGAAACUGGUGUGGUGUUCUUUGGUUGGAAAAGUGUUCUACUACUAUCGCAACCAGGAGGACAAGUUGCAUCUUGGUCAGCUGCAGAUGCGCAAGGCGCAGGUGCAGGAGGUCGAUCGCUCGUGCGAUUCAGACGAGGACUAUGAGGCGGGCAGUCGAGGGUUCCUGUCGUCCCACUGCACCUUGGUGGUCCAACCAAGAGACCAGAGCCCUACCUACCUGCUCAUUGGCACCAAGCAGGAAAAGGAAACUUGGUUGUAUCACCUGACUGUGGCGGCUGGCAGCAGUGCAACAUUGAAAGUAGGAACAGAGUACGAGCAGCUCAUUGGUAAACUCCUGGAUGCAGAGGGAGACCCAGAGUCUGUGUUGUGGAAGAGCGAGGCCUUGAGCUUCUGUAAAGAGGGUCUGCGAACGCCUCUCACCACUCUGCCAUCUGAAGCUCUGCAGACGGAGGCUCUCAAGCUUUUCAAGUCCUGUCAGCUCUUCAUCAAUGUCCUGGUUGAGUCGCCAUCGGUGGACUACCACACCUCUUUGGCUCAAAAUGCCCUGCAAGUAUGCCUGACCCACCCGGAGCUGCAGAACGAAAUAUACUGCCAGCUGAUUAAACAGACCAAUCGCAGGACGCCACAAAACUACCCCAUCACUCAGUGCUGGCAGCUUCUUUCUCUGUGUGUGGCGCUGUUCCUCCCUCAGCAGCAUUUCCUGUGGUACCUAAGACAGUACCUGCAGCACAAUGCGGACCCCAGGAGUGAGGUGGGGAAGUAUGCGAUAUACUGUCAGAGAUCUCUGGAGCGAACCUUACAAAAUGGGGAGCGGGAAGCCAAACCUUCCCGGAUGGAGAUAGUUUCCAUCUUGCUCAGGAACCCCUACCACCAUUCACUGCCGUUCAGCAUCCCAGUUCACUUCAUGAACAACACCUACCAGGUGGUGGGCUUUGAUGGCUCAACUACAGUGGAUGAGUUCCUCAACACACUGAACCAGCGGAUCGGCAUGAGAAAGACGCAGCUGACUGGUUUUGCCCUCUUCACUGAUGACCCUUCAGGCAAAGACCUGGAGCACUGCCUGCAGCCAUCAGCCAAGAUCUGUGAUGUCAUUUCCAAGUGGGAGCAGGCUCUAAAGGAGCUUCAUCCAGGGAAAAAUGAGGGGACGCGAAUUGUUCGGCUAACAUACAAAAACAGACUGUGUUUUAGGUCUCAGGUAAAAGGGGAGACAGAGCGAGAGCGCCUCCUGUUGGCCUACCAAGUAAAUGAUGAAGUAAUGCAGGGCCACUUCCCUGUGAACAAAGAGCUGGCUCUGGAAGUGGCGGCCCUCAUGGCACAGGUUGAACAUGGUGAUUUGGAGCGAUCAGGUGUCUCCUCCCCAACCGGCUCUCCUCAGUCUAAAUCACGACUGCUUCUCCUGCAAGCCUUAGAGCGCUUCUAUCCCAAACGCUACAAACAGGACUGCAGCUCAGAGCAGCUCAGAGAUCUGACUGAGCGUUUGUCCAGUAAGUGGUCAAUGCUUCGUGGGUGCAGUGGGUCCGAGUGUGUGAGAAUAUACCUAACAGUGGCUCGGAAAUGGCCCCUGUUUGGAGCCAAGCUCAUCAGUGCCAAGCCUGUCCCGCCCUCUCCUGUUGAGCAGAGCCAGGUCUGGCUCGCAGUCUGCGAGGACGGAUUGUGUGUCCUGGACAACACUAUGCACACCUUGGUCACGUAUUCCUACCAGUCGGUCAUCACCUUUGGUGGUUGUGGUGAUGAUUUCAUGGUGGUCACAAGCCAGCAGAGGGAGCCCGCAGCUGGGAAGAAGAGUGUGGAGAAGCUGAUCUUUUCCAUAACUAAACCCAAGAUACUGGAGCUGACUCUGCUCAUGGCCAGCUACAUUAACCACUGGAACCCCACUCUCCCAUCUGCCUCCCAUCAGCCGCAAGGCCAUUGGGAUGUAGACAGCAGACACUUCCCCACCAUGAAUUACACCACUAAAGGCCCCACACUACUGUGAAGAACACCAACCUAGAGGCUUCCACACAGCGGUUACUGUUAAUCUGCAUUCACCUGACGUGCUCUGGGUUGCACAUCGGUUUUAUUUUCUUAAGUUUUACAGUUCAGGUACUCAGAGAUUUACUUUUGUUUUUUUCCAAGUAUAAAAGCAGACCAUUAGAAAAGGCAGACUCUGCCUUCUUAGACCAUUCAUUUGAAAAUAGGAGAUUUUCAAGUCAUGUUUAUUUGUUGGUGUUGGGUCUUUAUUUUCUUUUCUUUAGAGAAAUAUCUCCAUAGUCACAAACCUCAGAUGUGUGCUACAGUAGUUUUUCAUAAUGAAUUUAUCAUAACCGACAAAGAAACAAUCAUCAAUGUAUGAUACCAGAGUUAGAAAGGGGCAAAUGUGUUGGAUUCGAUAAAUGUAAUGUCUUACUGUGACAUAGUCUGAAUAUUAUACUAUUGUAAUUUAGUUAAACAACUAACAAACUAAUGUUUUUUAUUAAUUCACAAAUUAUUUUAUCCAUCAAAUGUCAGAAAAUUCCAUAACAGGUUUACAGACUUGAAGUUGACCCUUCAAAACCCUUAAAAGAUUAUGUGUCAUGCCUUAUUCUUAAGUAGAUAGAAUUCUUUGCGGUCUGAAAUGAAUCUGAGCAGCAUGGAAACGAAUAAUGGUUUGAGUCAAUAUACCCAAAAAUGUGAACAAUCGGCGUUUCCUUUAAAGUAUGACUUCCGGUACGGCCUUCUGGUUGCGUGACGUAGAGGAGAAGCGCUCUUGUUUGAAGGCAGAGAUUUAUGGUGGUGUACAGAGGAAGGAGAAAUGCACAAAUAAGAGAGAGGGGGAGAGUACAUCAAAUAGUGUCCAAAGCCAUGGGAUAAAUUCCAACAGUCUAAGGCCGAGCUAGCAUAGCAUAACAGUAGCGCAGGUUCCAGGCAACAAACGUGGUCCCCAGGUGAGGUAGGUGAGUUUAAAUAAAGCUGAAUUUAUAAUGGUUAGCAAUGCAAAUUGUGUUUAUUUGGCGAAGAUGACGUUGUUGCCAACACUAGUAGGUUGUAGUAUUUUAUUAUUUUUAUUCAAGGUGUUUCAAGUUGAAGCUAACGCUAAAGGCAAGGUUGGAAUGCCUUAAUUGUACAUCUCUACAUGGAAAUACAAAGCGAGGCUCUUCAUCUUGAAAGUUGAAUAGAAAUGCAGGAAAAAAGUGUAAAUGCUAUUAAGGAAAAAAAGAGGGGAAAAAACAUUAGUUAAUUGAAAACAGUGGCUAAUUAAUCAAUUAUGUAAUAAUUAUACAGCUGAAGCAAUAUCAGACAUGCUUUGGUCCAAAUAACAGAUAUUUGAGCUUUUAGUUGUUUAAACCUCUAUUAAACCGGAUUAUUUUAGCAGUGCGGGAUGACCCACACUACUCCAUGCUGCUCGCUCAGGCCUCGGGGGGUCUGAUUGUUGUUAGGGCAGCCGAGCUCUGUGUUUCUCAGAUCAUGUUGGCACGGUACGAUAAAUAGGCAGAGAGCUCAAACAACUCAUUUGACUGGCAGUUUUCUUCUCAAAUACUUCUUCUUCUCUCGCCUGCAUUUGGUAGAUGGACAUCUGGUAAGCUACCGCUCUGUUUUAGACUCAGCCUCAUCCUGAGUCAUGUUGAACAGCUCAACUUGAUAAAACUGGCACCACAGAAUGUCCGCUUAUCAUUUAACAGAAAUAUUGACAACUCGCAUUGUAAGUUCUCGCGUAUCAGUUUUAUGUUCUUUGUAACCUUUCUUUUAUGCAUGGUUUUGUAGUUUUGUUUUUUUAGCAGCUGAAAUUAAGAACUUUUUUAUUAGCAACAUUUCACCAAUAUCAGUUCUUGUGUUGGUUGUCAUUGCUUCACUUCCAUCGAUGCAUUUAUUGACAAAUGGAAAGUCUAAACGGCUGAUUUUGGAUUGGUUGAAAAGAGACCAUUAAGAUGAAGUCAGACUUUCCACGUUGGGAUAUAAAACAUCAAGUCUAGGUACUAUAUUAUUAGCUAAUUUAUGUUUGAUGUGAGUAAAAAUUCAGUGUAAAAGAGUUCCAACUUGCAAUUUGAGAACCAUCUCCACCCUCCAAAUCCUUAUGAUACAUUUUCAGAUAUAUCGAACUAUAAUAAAUACUGGUUAAAAUAUUUGGUAAUAACACUGUAAAACACUUCAGCGUUCUUCAUGAAUUCUCAUGGGCUUGUUUUCAGUAAAUAUCUAAAUCAUUUUUCUGUUUUAAAUUUAGCUCGUCAGAAAAUACAAAUAUAACACAUAGCAAAGUAUGUCUACAGUUUAGCUUCCUGAUGAUCAAAUUUUCCUUGGGAAGACAAUAAUACAAAAGGGAUUAAAAAUAUUGAAAGGUGUACUGUAUGUAUACAACAUCUGUGAAAUAGGACUGUCAUAUUUCUGUCAUUCCACAUAAUACCACUCAGUGUUUUGAAUUUCCAGAUAUUUUUCAAAAAGAGCUACCAAAAUGUUUGAAUGACUUGAACUGCUAUGGAAAAACCACUGUCUCAUUUGUUUUCAUAUUAGUUAUUUAUUUUCUCCUUAACAUUUCUGGGGCUGUUGCGGACAGUGAAGUGUUCUCCAUAAAUGUCAGGUUUUCAUUUGAAAGCCUGCUUAGUGAGUAAUUUAAGAGAGGUGUGUUUGUUCAGAUACUGUCCUAGAAUGUUUAAAUGAUGUGUGUGUUAUAAUAAAAUAAAUGGUACAAUCCUUUCUUUUAUUUUCUUCACCUUCGUCUUCUUAUUACUUUGUGGUCAACUGCAUGUUUGCCAGUAUCUAAUUGUUGGUCAAAAGUAAUGUUUAGUAUAUUUUUAAGAUGUUACCCACUAAUGAUAUUUGUUUUUACAUGUAGCUGUGUAGA